AUGGUAUUAAAUGUUUUUAAACAGUAUCCAUUAAUUAUUAGAGCACUAAGAUUCUAUGGUAUAUACGAACCACCGUAUUUAAAGCAAAAGGAAUUGAAAAUACCAAAUUGCCCUACCUUAAAUAUACAAAUUAAAGGAUACAAAUAUCCUUUACUUGAAAGUUAUCAAUCUUUUAUUCAUAAAUUAGCAAAGGCAUUAAAUGUUACAGUUGAAGAUAGUUUUCCUUUUCCUCAUGCAGAAUUUAAGAUAAAAAGAUUUAAAAGAGGGACUGCAGUAGUUGAUGCUGAAUAUCAAUUAAAAAUUUAUGAAAGGGAUGUGCAAAUAUCGAAUGUAUCAUCCAUAAAGUAUCCUAUUUUUAUUAGACUAUUGGAAGCAACUUUACCGGAAGGAGUUUCCUUAUGUAUAGAUCAAUAUGAUCCUGUGUUACAAAAGAAUCGUUUGAUACCAAACAAGGAGUUACUUGAUAUAAAAUCUGAUUUAAAUGAACUACUUGAAAGUAAGAAUAAGUAA